AUGCAAUCUGGCAAAGCCAUUAUCUCCAUCUGGCUUCUUCCCUUCCUCCUUUGGGCCCGAGAAUAUACCAAAAAUGGUGCCCUUAACUGCAAUGAAGACAACGACGGCGCGCAGACACAAGUCAGCCUAAGGUCUGGUAGAAUGCUGUACGAACGUGGCGGCCUCCAGAACGAUACCGACGUCAGUAUAACUUCCCUAGCGCGUGUUGACAACUUCUAUAGCAGAAGCAGAUCUGGAAGCGUUUUUAACAGAAGAGUCGCACGACCCACUCACAGCAUAUAUAGUGGAAGCAAAGGGAAAACCUGUGGUAACAUUGGCAACGUCCAUUACAAAAGCAGUAUUAAAGAAUCCUUCGAUAAUGACUUCGAAAGCUGUAUAGGUACUACCAGCACAAAUGCUCCCAAAAGUGUAGCACGCUCCAUAAGUACCUUUCACGUGGACACAAGUAGGAAAGGAAGCCAUGAGGACGUAGCCUCGAAUAAACAAUCUACCAUAGAUGAAUCCAUCCUAUUCGAUAUUCCUGAUAAUAGCAGCGUCAGCAGCCAUAACUCAGGUUCUACGACAUGGAGUACGACGACAGGUGCGAAUACAGGCUCCGGCAGCACUACCAUGGACAGUUUUCACAAAAGGCAAAGAAGCAAAUACUACGACAGUUCAUAUGAAGAUUUACAAACCGUAGAAGAAAGAGAGAAAAUGAAGCGAGCCAAGGAAAUGGCACAGAGGAAAAAAAUUCUGGAUGAAUCUACUUACGAUCUGGAAAAUGUCAGAAACAGCUUCAAAGGACACUCGAACAAAUAUUACAUACAAAACAAAGAUAAAUACAUUUACGAAUUUAAGAGUGAAGAAUCCCUAAAUGAAAGAUUAAAAGAACUGAACGCUGUAAAACAGGAAUCACUUCAAGACGUCAAGAAAGGUUCUAAGAAAAGUAAAAAAUCUAAACGCAGAGCAGAAUGCGAAGGCGAAUUCUCCUCAUACCUGUCUAAUGACAAAAUCGAUCAAGCAGAUGACUCUAUUUUGGACGUUAACCACAAUAAUAAACUCCUAAGAAAAUUAACAGAAUUUAAUGCAGAAGAUAGAGAACAAAUGAGAAAAGCAUUGAAUAACAUAAAAAAAAAUAAUAGAAAAAAUGCAAAAUUGGAAGAUUUAGAGCAUGAACUAAGGUCUCAAUUAGAGGGUCUCACGAAAUAUGUAAACGUGGAUGAUGAUGCACGCAGCUCCAUUAGUGGCAGCACUGAUGAUUCUAUGCCUGAGAGUGACAAUGUCUCAUCUAUAUAUGUUGGGAAACGAAGAAUGGAGGAUCGAUCCAACGAACGAACCGGGAAUAACAUCACAGAACUCAGAUCUUACAUCGACCAAGUCAUGGACGCGAAUAAUGCUGAAAUCGCCCACUUGUUGAUUAACAAAAUUGAGGAGUACGAAAAGGAGGUCUCCAAACUGAAAGAGAACAACAGGAAGGAAGUGAACUUCAUAAACAUGAAACAUAAUCUCAAAUUGAGGAAGAUCCUUCUCUCCGUUCCUCUCAUUGCGCUCGUCACGAGUGCCAUCCUAUGUUUCUUUCUCACACAGUACUGGGCACUAGCAUUCAUUACUGUUUUCUGCAUUAGUUUGUACAGUUUCGUCAUAGGAACCCUGUUCUCUUAUAUAAUUCUGGGAAAAGUCAUGUUUAAUUCGCCCUCCAAAGUGAUUGAUUUUAUGCUAGGACAAAACUAA